GGGACGUGACCCAAGAUGCGCCCUGGCCGCGGGGCUCUGGGGGCGCCCGGGGAUGCGCGGAGCCUGCCAGCUGCUGUGCCCGCGGCCACAGAGAGCCAGGGGAGGCCCAUGGACCUGCCCAGCAGCCGGCCGGGUGGCUCUGCCACCAAAGUGUGCCUCUGGGACCAGCCCGAGGAGGGCAGCCUGGGGACGCCGCUCAGCUUGGAGGAGCAGAUUCUCAACUCCACAUUCGAAGCCUGUGACCCUCAGAGGACAGGCACCGUGACUGUAUCCCACCUGCUGGCCUACCUGGAGGCUGUGACCGGGCGGGGCCCCCAGGAUGCUCGCCUCCAAACGCUGGCCUGCAGCCUGGAUCCCAACGGGGAGGGCCCCCGGGCCACUGUGGACUUGGACACCUUCCUGGUGGUCAUGCGGGACUGGAUCGCGGCCUGUCAGCUGGACGGGGGAUUAGAGCUGGAAGAAGAGGCUGCCUUGCAGGGGAACCUGGCCACCCAGCAGCUGCCAUCUGGAUGCCUGGAAGCUGAGGAGCCAGCCAACCUGGAGAGCUUCGGAGGGGAAGACCCCCGAGCUGAGCUGCCGGCGGCCGCUGAGCUGCUGAGCAGCCUGGAGGACCUGGAGCUCAGCAACCGGCGGCUGGCGGGGGAGAACGCCAAGCUGCGGCGCAGCGUGGAGAGGGCGGAGGAGGGCUCGGCGUGCCUGGGCGAGGAGAUCGCGGCCCUGCGCAAGCAGCUCCGCAGUACCCAGCAGGCCCUGCAGUUUGCCAAGUCGGUGGACGAGGAACUUGAGGACUUGAAGACUCUGGCCAAGAGCCUGGAGGAGCAGAACCGCAGCCUGCUGGCCCAGGCCCGGCAGACGGAGAAGGAGCAGCAGCAUCUGGUGGCUGAAAUAGAGACGCUGCAGGAAGAGAACGGGAAGCUGCUGGCCGAGCGGGAUGGCGUGAAGAGGAGGAGUGAGGAGCUGGCCGUGGAGAAGGAUGCCUUGAAGCGGCAGCUCUGUGAGUGUGAACAACUCAUUUGCCAGCGAGACGCCAUCCUCUCUGAGCGCACCCACGAUGCGGAGAAUCUGGCCAGGACUCUGGAGGAAUACAGAGCCACCACCCAGGAGCUGAGGCAGGAAAUCUCUCACCUGGAAGAGCAGCUGAGUCAGACCCUCGUGGACCCGGAGGAGCUGCCCCAGGGAGCCCAGGCGAGAAGAGUGGACUGGACCACGCUGCCGCCCCAGUCGCUGGGCGUGGAGAUCCAGGCCAUCCGGCAGAGUCAGGACGCAGCCGCCAACCUCAGCAGCCCGCUGUGUGGGGUGUGGCAGUGGGCCGAGGUGGUCAGCGAGGCCGAGGCCGAGGGAGGAGCUGAGCUUCCGUCUGAGGCCCUUGCUGCGGGACAGGGUAGCUUCCGGGGAGACUCAGCCCCUCCUGGAUGGGGGUGGAAGGAGCCAGCCAUGUGGUUGCCCAGGAGAGAGGACGAGGCUGAAGCGGAGAGCCAGGUCAUGGCCGAUCUCUCAGACCCUCCUAUUGGAGACGACCCAGGAAGCCCCCCCGAGAGUCCCACCCCGCAACGAGCCCUGGUGCCUGUAGAGACGGAGCUGGUUCCUGUUGCCCGGCCGGUCUGGGGCUGCCCCUGCCUCCUGUGCCCUCUGCACCCCCAGCAGCUCAGCGUCACUCGGCACCCCCUGAUCCCCCGCCCGGCGCUGGGCCUGCUGCUGCUGCUGCUGCUGCUGCUCUGGGCGCUGCUGGGCCAGUCCCCACCCCCCACCUGGCCCCACCUCCAGCUCUACCACCUCCAGCCGCCCCCCGUAUGACACCACCCCUGCCCGGUGGGCUCCACACCCUUCAGCUGUUGCUCCCCUUGCUGUCUCCUGGGACCCCCGUGCCAGGACCCCAGAAACGGCCCGGGGGCACACCCUGCUCUGGGUUUUACCUGCAGCCUCUCGGUGUUUUGAAACAUGUGCGGCCGAUUACUUA